AAAAAAAAAAAAAAAAAAAAAUCCUUGCUGACUCCAGAGACAUUUGAGUCUCUUAUUGUCCUUACAACCUCUACCCUCUUCACUCAACAAUGGCUUCCUUGCAAAAUUCACCUUCCCUUUAUCACACAUUUUCUUCUAACUCUUUUCCUCAGAUAGGACUGCAAAGGUAUCAUGGUUCGUUUCCUUGCUGUAGAAGAGGUAUUUCGUUUAUCGUUCGGGCUGAGCAAUCAUUGGCUCAACCUCAAGUUAGAUCCAGGAGACGCCAAUUGAUAGCUGUCAGUGUGAUUGCCCCUUGGGUUUCUCUGGUUAACCAAACUUCAUCAUUUGCUGCAGAAACUAAAAAGGGAUUCCUUUUAGUCACAGACAAGAAGGACGGAUACUCAUUCCUAUAUCCAUUUGGGUGGGAGGAAGUGGUCAUUGAAGGCCAAGACAAGGUCUUUAAAGAUGUCAUUGAGCCAUUAGAAAGUGUCAGUGUAAAUAUGAUCCCAACCAACAAAACAGAUAUUCGAGACUUUGGACCUCCACAACAGGUUGCUGAAACAUUGAUCAAAAAGGUUUUAGCCCCUCCAUCCCAGAAAACAAAACUAAUUGAGGCAUCUGCGCAUGAUGUUGAUGGAAAAGCUUAUUACACGUUUGAGUUCAUUGCUCAGGCUCCAAACUAUACCCGUCAUGCUCUUAGUACAAUCUCUAUUGGCAAUGGUAAAUUCUACACACUGACCACAGGGGCCAAUGAGAGGAGGUGGGACAAAAUGAAAGAUAAAUUGCACACAGUUAUUGAUUCUUUCAAUAUUUUCAGUGUUUAAUGUGGUUGCUCAAUCUCCAUUUAUCUGAUUCGGUACAACCUUGUGAAGCACCAUUUGUGCAUUUUCCAGAGCUUUACAAGCCCUGAUUCUUAUUGCCAUGUAUGCUUCUUUUUUCUUUCCUUUUUUUGCAGAGCUUUAUGGAAAGUCUUUUUUAGGGAAAUAACAUUCUCCUCUGACAUUGUAUUGAUGUAAUUUUUUAUUUGUUCAUAGUUAAUAUCAAGUUGAAUUAAAACAAA